AUGAUUCAAAACUCAGCUACUCAAAAGACUCUAUCUAUUAAUAGUCCGAAGCAUUUCGGAACAAUAUUCAAACGCAACUUGACUCUUGAAGAUUAGCGAUUAAAGUCCAUCUAUCUCAAGGAUAAGGAAACCAUGUUUGAAGAAAUUUAGUAACUUAAACAGGAAAAGAAUAAUCUCAUUCUAAGUCUGCGCAAAUAACAAUCCUAAUUGUAAUACUUCAAGAAGGAGGUAACUUAGUUUUAGCGAGACGAGGCAAGUCCAACAUAUAAUUAUACAAGAUUGAAAUAGAGUUAUUUAGAGAGAUUGGCUUCAAUUCAGGUAUUUAUUGGAGAGUCUAUUUAGGAAGAGAACUAAAAGUUGAAAUAGGAAUUAGGUCAGACUCAAAACUAUUUGAAACAACUCAAGAACCCUGUUGAAUAAUAGAACAUCGAUAUUUAUUGCAUGCAAUUGUCUGAUGACAAUGUACAUCUCACCAAGAUAUUGGAAUAAUUCGAAAUCAAAAAUGAUGAACUUUAACAACCUUAGAAAAUGAAUAAUAAACUGACCAUCAAAUUGAAUGCACAAAAUAUGUAAUGUCAGAAACUCAGAGGUUUGAACCAGCAAUUGCUAUUGGAAAUCGAUAUUCUCAGAAGAAAAAACAUCUCCUACGACAGCAAACCUUCACAAAGAGACAUUUAGAAGGUCGAUGAGAAAGUUUUGAUUGAAUUGGAACAAGCCAAAAUUGACAUAAGGAAUUAUCAAUAGAAAGUUAAAAAUUGGGAGAAUAAAUACAACAGUUUAUUAGUGGAAGAUCAAGAAAAGAUCGCCUACUUAGAAAAAAAAAAUAAGGAACUUUAAAAGUAAGUCUCUAGUUUAGAAUUGCAAAUUGAACAAGAAAAGUAAUAGUACUAAUAGAUGCAACAAUAACAAUAACAACGGUUCUUGAGAAGAACAGUUGUAUUGAAAAAUCCUUAAUUUUUUGAUGAAUAGGAAUAAAAGAAUAAUGAAAAUGAAAUUCAAAUUAAAAAGAAUAUCUUAGUAGAUAAAAAUGAUGUUUUGCCUAUUGCUAAGAAAGUACGUCUAAGAUUGAUUGGCCUCAAAAUGUCACUCAAUGAUGUGGAAAAGUACCUUUUGACAAGUGACAAUUUGACCUUCAAUUAAUUAGAGGAAAAUUUACAUUAAAGUAUAUUUGGUUUGGAAGAUUCGAAUGAAAUUCACAUGUUAGCAGCCUACUUAGCUGAUAUUGAAGAUGAAAAUGAGAGUACUACAAGUAGUAGAGUUAGAAGUAUAUUUAAAACAUUGAUGGAAAAUUACAUCAUUUUAAGUCAUCAACAAUUGGAUACCAUCAAUUUCACUAUUAUGAACAAAAAAUAGGAAAUUUAAGAGGUUUUGAUGAAGAAGUAUCCUGAAACAUUUACUAAUGGAUUCAUGAAAAUUGAAAUUUACCUUGACAUACUAAGUCAAUUAGAUAUACAUUUUAGUAAAAUAGAAAUAGAUCAUCUCUAAGCUCUAAUUACUAAAUAAAAUCGUUCUCCUAGAAUUCUUCUAUAAUAAAUUUAUGCUCCCUUCUAUAUCCCAGAAAUUUAAUUAAAUAGCAAUCCAAACAUAGACGAUGACGAAUUGGCAAAUCCACUUAUUGGUGAAAAUCCAAUGCUGUCUGAGAAUCCUUUAUUCUCUGAAAAUCAAAUGUCUGUAUCUGUCGAAGAUCAUGAACAAAUGAGCCUCCUAGAUAUCAAAAUGUGUAAUUCUCAAGAGUUAAAAAAGAAAAGCUAAUCUGAAUUGCCCUAAGUUUGA